GAUCAUAUGGCCCUGCUCAGCUGCCAGUGCUCUUCCCGCUUUUGUACCCGAGGCCCAUGCUGCAAUCAGUUUAUAUUCACUACGGCUUUGAUGAGCCGUUUGAUAUCGGCAUUCUGAAGGGUUGGUUUCUUCCUCUGGACGUGACGGCCACAUUGAAAUCACUGGAUGUCUGGGGUAAUUUCGAGGUGGAACCCCUGGCCAGCUUCUUUUCUAAUUUUGGCCCCAACCCAGUGUUGGAAUGCCUAAGACUUCAUGUGGAUCCGGAGUUCCACUUCGACAUAGACCUGUCUUCUUUUCUUCAUCUCCAACGAAUUUCCUUCUUUCCCGGGUUCUUUCAUGCUGAGAGCAUCGGCGGGCUCAUCCGCGUGCUGUCUCGACUCACUGCGGUGACACAUGUAGUGGAAUUAACCUUCAGCAUCGAACUUAGGCGCUUGGAUGGACUUCGACACGAGGAUGUGGGGCCUUUAGAUGAUCUACUUUCGAGCGAGAAAUUUCAAUACUUAGAAAUAGUCACCAUCUUACAUGACUUUCGUCAUCCACUUAGACAGCUCCGGCAGGCAGGCAAGGAGGCCUUCCUGAGACUAUCACAAUGCCGCAUUCUGCGCUUUGAGGUAUCGGAGUGAUGUGCACUGUUAUCUUAGCAGUAGUAGUUUGCAAUGUCUUUUUCGGGAUCUGGGUCGCCAUGUUAGCCUAAUAGUUGCAAAUUAUCCAUUCACAUCAUGUAAUUUUCUGUGGCACCCAUGAAUGGUGUUGAGGUAGAUUCUUUGAUUCACAGAGUAUGGUGAGAGUGGUAGAUAACCUGUGUUCAUUAAGAGUGUAUCUAUGUAGGUGCAAAAAUUGUAGGCAUAUAUGGAUGAAAUGGCAUAUACAGCAUUGGUGUGAGCAAGAAGAGGACAUAUGUUUAUAACACGAGACUUCAUAAUUGAGCUGUGGAAGAAAUGGGAGGAAUCCUUGAAAUAAAUGGAGCACAAGAGU